CUUAUCGCUUGUUUAGUCAUCCGGGUGUUUUGGUCGCCCUUAGCAACCUUUUCUUCGUCAUAACAAACCAAACCCGACACAAUCGCAAAUCGCAAACCUCAACACCAGACUAUCCCAACGAACCAUUAUCAAGACUCCUAUAAGUCUAACAAAAUUUCGCUCAUGAUGUCGUCCUCUUUCGAUCCCUCGCAAUCGACCACGAUGCGCCCUCCACUGUCGUCUGCGGACGCGCCUUCGAUGGCAGAUACUUUACCCAGCAUCAAUUUCGGCUUCGAUGAAUUGCGCGAUCGCAUGGCCAAAUUCACAGUGCGCUUCGAUAACUUUAUCGAGCAAGGACGAAAGCGCGUAUUAGAAGAGCGAAACCAAUUCCGCAUGAAUGUAGCGGAGUUGAAAGGUGUGUUUUCCAGCAUUGUUUACUCGUACGAUACAAGACAAGAACUAACAGCACCACAGAGGACCAGCGGAUGAAGAAGAAGGACAUUGAGAUUAUGACCUCGAAAACCAAUAACCAUCAACAAACACUUGCGAAAGAGGCAGCAGAGAAGAACGAGAUGCAAGCCGCGAUUGCAUCUCUAGCCGCCCAAAAAGAUGCGCAACUAAGCACGAAAGAAGCAUUGAAACAACAAAUCGCAGAUACCCAGAAACAAAUCGAUGCCCGUGUCGCCGCGCAGCGCGCUCACGCCCAAUACCUAGAGACACAAUCCCGAUUCAAUGUUCCUGAACUUGAUGCCUGGCAACAAACAUUGUGCAUGACCAUUGAAGGCGCGGGGCAGGAUGACAAAUUGAAGUUUGUUUUCACGCAUAUUGAUGAUCGGGAUUGGACUAGGGAGGCAUUCUUUGAGUUGGACUUAUCGAAGCGGGAUUAUGAAACUACAUACUGCAAACCAAAAUUGGAAAAAGAGCGGAUUGAGCGAGUGGUGGAUGAGUUAAAUGAGUCGCGGCAAUUGGGCCCUCUGUUGAAGAGCAUGCGAGAGCUUUUUGUGGAGGCAAUGAAAUGAUGAAAUGACUGGUUUGGGGGCGUUUAUGACAGGCGUUGUAAAUGGGGUUAUAUCAGGAUGUUUCUUUUGAAGAGCCAUUUCCAAAUCAAUACGUUAAUGGGUCACGAUAACUUUGGGCAGCUCUAGAAGCGUAUUCAUGGAUUAGUGAUGUGCAUAGGUCAGCUGUGAGAUUGUGUCAAUGUAUUGAUGGAAAAUACAGCCUUGUUACCAUUAUCAUUCUUUCA